GGCCUCAGUCUUUCUUUUGCAGCUGCGGAGGUCUCUGGGCCGCCAUCACCACGCCCUCUUCCUCUUCUUCGAAGUAGACAGACAAUCAGCGAUUUUGCGAUCAUGGGGAAGCAAAUCAGCGAGAUCAAGGACUUCUUGCUCACGGCCCGGCGCAAGGACGCCCGGAGCGUCAAAAUCAAGCGCUCCAAGGAUGUCGUCAAGUUUAAAGUCAGGUGCAAGAAGUACCUCUACACUCUCUGUGUCUUCGACACCGAGAAGGCCGACAAGUUGAAGCAGUCCCUGCCUCCCGGCCUCACUGUCCAAGAAUUGUAGGGAGGGUUGGGUAUGUGUGUUCCUUCCUCGCUUUUGUGCUUGCGUUAUAGAACCGGCACUGGGAGAAGAAAGCGAAAACAAGCUGAUUAGGGUUUUCUGGCUUGGUGGUGAGUCGGAAUGGGUAGCUUACUCGGUGUGGGAGGCAGGCUCGAGGGUGGUUCUGGAGGCUCGUGGGUUCACUCUUCUGCCCUCGUGUAUCUUUUGUACUCGGGAAACGUUAUCUGAAUGUUAUGGAAUUCUAUUAACAUGUUUUGUUUGGUA